CAAAAGCCUCACGAGGGGAGGCAAAGAAGAUGAUGACAAAGAAGAGGACCAGGAGACGCCAUUACAGAGACAAACUCGCGUUGGCUGGUUGCAGAGUCUGUAGUGAUGGAUCAGCGAAAGACACACAAGUUGCGGCGUUUCCAGUUCUAUCUUCCGUGUGUAUUGCUUCCAGAUCUCAUCAUGGCGUCGCUCUCUGCCGCGUCGAGCCCCCAACAGCAUCUUUCAAUCCGAAUCCAGAAGAUUCAGUCAGUAGUAGCGAUGGAACAGCUUUGUGCUACGAUGAUUCUGUCCAGAUUGUCCCAUGGGGAUCAUCAGAAGAAGAGCUGAAGGCAUCUCAUGGCGAUGACAUGAACAAGACGAAAAUCUUGGAGGCGAUACGAUCUGUGUCAGUCCGGCGGUACAGGGCUUCCUUCGAGGAUGACGACACCAAGACAGUUCCGCUAGUUUCUCUACCAACCACUGGAAAAUUCCUUGCAGUGGUUUGCCAUGAACAGUUGGAAGAGGGAAAAGCCAGUGGAGAAGAUGAUCAUUUUGUGGCAAUACAUUCUUCCUUUGAAGCAGUUGUGCCACUCGUUUCCCUCAGAAUCCGCCAAUUGAACAUCAUCACCACUACUACUGAUGAUGAUCAUUCCAAUACUCUUUGGCUAGCCAAUAUCAAACGACAACUUGCCGGUAUUCAUAUCGCGUUUAGAGAGGGUGUCAUGACCACAAAACUGAGGCUUUCAGAUCAUCAUGCCUUGUCAAGAACCGAGAUCAACUUUGUCGUCGAGAGCGCAAGUAGUGCUGCCGGGACGGAGGAUGCCGGGGCAUUGCUGUAUAUGAUCAUGCCCAGUACACGAAUCUCCAUCGUCCAAGAAAAGCCGCCGACAGAACCACCAAGCAUUGUCCUCCCAAACAACAACUGCAAUGACACAUCAAUCAGCGAAGUUUCUACCAUGAUCAUUCAGACCGUGCAAUGCUUGAGAGGUGCACAAAAGGCACCGGUACCAAGGUCCUUCCUGUUGUCGGGGCCACCGGGUGUGGGCAAGACAUUUGCGGUAAAGAGAGCCUAUGAACUAUGCCAAACGAGUGGUCCCACACUGUUAGAGUCGUUGGGUUCCCUCGUCUUGAGUUCGGCCGGAGAUGGAGGUCCCGGUGAAGUCUGCCGGGUUCUCACGGAACGCUUUGAGAAAGCUGCCGCAACGUGCGACAAGGACGCCGACAGCGUGGCCAUCCUCUUUGUAGAUGAAUGCGAUUCCCUCUUGCAAUCGGAAAUGGUGGCAGCCGUAUUCUCGUCGCUCUUGGACCAAACAACAACAACAUCAACAUUUGACCGUGGGUGGCAGCGGAUCGUGGUAGUGGCAGCCACCAAUCACACGGAAAGCCUUCCAUCCUUUCUACGACGACCUGGCCGAUUGGAUCAGGAAAUUCACGUAAAACCUCCUGCGGCAGACGAACGAGCCGAGAUUCUCCAAUCUCUAAUGGCAAGCAAUACUAUGAUGGGUGGUGGAAGGGCAGCAGUUUCUUUGAGGCCCGAUGCCUUGAGAGAUUUGGCAGAAUUGUGUGUUGGUUAUGUGGCUGCAGAUUUGGUGGCAUUGGUUCGCCAAGUGCUGUCACUGGCAUUAGAGGAACAGCCCAACUUUGUAUGGGCUCCAGAACUGUUUCAACGAGCCAUGGUCGAUGUCAGGGCUUCGUCGCUGAGGGGCGCGGCUUCGUUUGCUCCGCCCAAGGUACGAUGGAAUGAUAUAGGCAGCGACCCGGCUGGAGCCCAGGAUACACUUCGUCAAGCCAUUGAGUGGCCUCGCACGAAACGGGAAGCAUUCCAAAGCUUGGGGCUACAGUCACCGGGUGGCAUUUUACUCUACGGACCGCCCGGCUGUGCAAAGACAACCUUAGCGAGGGCAGCUGCUGGAGCUGCCGGAACGGCUUUUGUUUCCUUCUCUCCGUCCGAUGUCUAUGCAUCGUCCUACUUGGGUGAAGCAGAAGCGGUGAUUCGUCGUGCCUUCAAAUUUGCCAGAUCCGCGUCGCCUUGCAUCCUUUUCUUUGAUGAGAUUGAUUCGAUUCUGGAUGGAGGAGGAGCGUCAGAGUAUGGAACCAACCGUUCAGGUGGAGCCGAGUCUCGAGUCUUGUCCACGUUUCUCAACGAAAUGGAUGGAGUGGAUGGGUCUAGUCAAGAUGGUGUACUCGUCUUGGGAGCCACCAAUCGUCCUUGGACGUUGGAUGCCGCACUGAUGCGUUCAGGGCGCUUUGACAAGGCGAUAUACGUUCCUCCACCCGACUACCCAGGCCGUCUGUCCAUUCUAAGAAUAUACUGCAGAGGUUGGGACAUUAGUGAGGAGGAACUUGAAGAAAUCGCAAGCGACAGAGUAUCAGCAAUGAUGACUGGGGCCGAAAUUGUCGGGGCUUGCCAUGCGGCAGCACUGCUGGCUCUGAAGCAAUCGGUCAAACUAGACAAUCCGCAAGAGUCUGUGAAAGUAGCUGCAGAGCACCUGACGGAAGUGUUCAGGGCAACUCAGCCAUUCUUGUCGAGUGAGGACGAUUUGGCUGUAUUUCUGGACUUCGAACGCAGCCGAAAAUCGCAAAGCAGCAGUGCUGGCAAGUCUUGACUUUGUUGAACAUCAGGAUGCACGUCCAAAGACAGACACCGUGCUGUUGCUGCUGUUCACCGUUGCUCUGGACAUGCAUGUCAAGUGUGCAUCCAAAACGCAAAAACUUCCUCAAGUCCCUGAAAGAAUUUGCUUGGCAUCAGGUGCAACACAUGCUUGGCUUGGUCGGAGUGUAGCCUUUACAGGAAAGGUGCAGUCUCAUGGCUGCAAUGGCAUGUGCAGCCAGCAGUACACGAUUGUGCGUCUUGUUCGCACCUCUUCUGUAUACCAGUACCGGUACCGGUGCCGACACCACCACCAAGCAAUACGGACUUUCGCAAAUGAAGACGAUGUUGUCGUUGUCGACCAAGUUUGCUGCUUGCUUGGGUGAGCCACAUCUCGUUCUCUAAGCCAGAGGGCAUUCCGAGCUUUGCGUGGAUACUAUUUGCCAGCAGAAUCUUGUGUGCAACAAACAACUAUCUAAACAAGCGAAGCCUGCCACCUGCAGCUCUCAUUGCAAGCAGCCAAAAAGCCUGGAGGGUGGAGGAUGUAUGCGGGGGCCGGCAAGUGGCAAGGCUGAACCUACCAAUACCGUUCCGUGUUAAAUGUACCACUGGUUGUGGAAGACAUUCUAGUCAAAGUAAGUCCUUAAUUAUUUGAAUACAAAUUGAAGUCCUAG